GUGGCCAGAGGUUAUAAAAGGUCCGGCGAGGAAGGGGGCGAGCAACAAGUGGCGGGGAUCGGCGCAGGAUAGGGUCGUAGGAUGGAAGUGCUGUCAGUGGAUUUGCUGAUGUGCUCCGGGUGUUCUCGCUCCCAACAAGAAAUAGCCCUCGAGAUUGAAAGGACACACAAUCUGACGCUCAACAUGCAAGUCAGCUCAGGACAACUGCUGUCAAACUAUCUGCUUCUCCAGGGGAAGCCUUUCGGAGAUCCCGAUUUCAACCCAACCAUUCAGCCCUUUCCAGGGCUCCCGUUGCCAGCCCUGUCUACCCCAGGCUGGCUGGGCCUCCCGGACGCUGAGAGGCUCCGGCAGAACACCUCGGCCUUCUCCAAUUUGCCGGUGUACUUGGCCAACGUGAAACGCCAGCAGAUGGAACUGAAUUCAUCUCAAGCAGAAUUGCAUCGUCAGCUUGAAUCUUCGUGCCUGCACUGCCUGGGUCUGGAAAAUAACCUUAAAUCCAUCAUGUCUUCCCUGGGCAUCGUGCCAGGUCCAUCCGUGUCAGCUAAGCCUCCAGAGACUGACAACAGCUUCAUUAUGAAACUCACAGGGUACUACCUUUGCCACCUCUUCCGAGACUGGGUCAACCGAUGUGAAAAGGACCUGGUCCUGUUGGCUAAGAAGUACCCUGUCUGAAAAUGCCCCUCCCUCCACAUUUGACCGCUUCAGAGCUGGAAAUGUGGAGGGCGCAGCACGCUACCCCGUGUUUAACUGAAGCAUGGGUUGGAUGAAUUCAUCCAUUCCCUUGAGUCCAUCCAAAGUGUCAGAUAGGAACACCCUGCACCUUUAACCUCCAGGUCAGUUGCAGAUCGAGCAGUUACCAUCGGACAAUAUACUGAACUUGGUUUGUUUUAACCUAGUUUGCUUGUAUCUUACCCUGCUGUGCAAAUCCAGCCUGUUUGGGUUAGCUUAUGGUUUGAUUUCAUGUGCCAAGCAAGAAAAUGGGUCAAUUUAAUAACUAGGUUAAGGGUGUUGCAGCCAUUGAACCAUAAGCAGAGUUCAUAGUUGUGGUUCGCCCAGUGGUUAUCAUGUCUUACAACAAGCCUGGCUGAAAGAAUAAGUCAAAGAAAACUGUCUCCUCAGAUUAGGAAUAUUAGGAAAGAAGGUCAGAGUAACAACAUAAGCAAUCUAACAAGUACCUUGUGCUUUCAAUGAAGAAUUAUGUGUAUAUGCUAUGGGGACAACUAUAAAUCUUACAGUUGUGUAAAACAAUUCUGAAGUCACAAACUAACCUUGCGUGGGGGAUGAACCAAACAUUGUGUGCAUUGUGUAUUGUCCCAGUUUAUUAAUAUGUUCCAGGAGGGGAGAAGAUAUCUCUUUUCAACUUAGGGGAGAACCCUGAAUGGUGUGUUCUCACAGCUCAAGGUUUUCCACUGCACACUUCAUGGCUGUAAAACUGACCAGUUUCUUUCAAUCAGCUUCUCCGAAUCUGGUUUCCUCUGGAACUACAGCUCCCAUAAUCCCAUAGGCGAUGUGGGGGACCAGAUUGUAGACUGGGCAGCCGAUCUGGUCUAAUCUCCUUGGCAAGGCCGGGAAAGCAGAGAGGGGUGGUUGCCGCCCUUUGGGAGGCAGAUUUUUGCUCUUCCUCUUUGGUGCACAAUGCUUUGUCCCCUGAAUGUGGAAAAGAGAAGUGUGGUUGUGCACUUGAGUGUAAGCUCCAGUGGGAAGUGCAAUUCGGUGGGCUUCUAAAAUACAGAGCGAACCCACCGCUAAGAUGAAUUUUAGCAGUUUGCUUAAGUUUGGGUUUCCUAUAGCAUGCUGGUUAGGGAGUUCUGGGAGUUGAAGUCCACACAUCUUAAAGUGGUUGAGGUUGAGAAGCACUGCUCUAAAUAAUACUGAAUGUUAAGAAACUGGUCCUCAGUGUUGAAAUACUUGGACAGUUUAUUGUCCAUUCACUGACACUGUUCCUUUCUCAAUAGUACUCCAUCCCCUUUUAAUGUUGAGUUCUCACAUAGAAUUAUACCAUCCAUUGUUAAAAACUUUGCUUUCUCUCUCGUCCCAGUGUUUAAUACUGGUUAUGCUCUUUACAAAUUCCUCCACGACUCUCAGCAGUGGGAAUUUUUACCCUUUCCCUUUUCCAGCUAAAAUUCCAGUUGUGAAGUUUCUUUCCUCUAGGAUGUAUGUUCCUGGCUAAAAGAUCUUUAUUUCUCUAUAGUCUUCUCAUUCUUCCUAUAUGUAAAUGUAUAUGUAUAUAGAACAAAAAACAAAUUUAUAGAUAAUAGUAAUAAAACUAUUUUAGUAAAA